AUGCUCGCAACCUCGGCCUUUCCUAAUAUACUCGAAGCUGGCAACAUGGGCAACACAAAACUUCCAUUUCAUGCCGAUCAUAUCGGGUCGUUGAUUCGACCAGUAUCAUUGUCCCAGGCGCAGAAGAAAGCCGACGAGGGAAGCAUCUCUGUCGCCGACUUACAAGUCGUACAGAGGGCAGCCAUCGCCGACAUUGUCCAGAAGCAGCUGGCGAAUGGCGUGCGCGCCAUUUCGUCGGGCGAAUACGACCGCAAGUACUACUUCUCGGGCUUCUUUGAGAAGCUGGCCGGCUUCAGGGAGGUGAGCCCGGUGCCAUGGGAGCUCGCGCGGGUGUCGGCGCCACCGAUUGCGGCUUUGAAGCAGGCGGGCCAGCAGUACCCCAUGGCCGCGGUCUGCGACGGCAAGAUUCGGCGCCUGGAGAGCCCGUACAUGGACAGCUGGAAGAUGCUACGUGAUACUUUGCCAAGGGAGAAAUGGGGCGCGUGCAAGUUUACGAUGCCGCCGCCUUGCUACUUUCACUUGCGUCUGGCCAAGGGCAAGUGCUACAGCCCGGAGGCGUACAGCAACGACGGCGACUUCUUUGCCGACCUGGCCGUGGCCUACCAACAGGAGAUUCAAGCCCUGUACGACGAGGGCCUGCGCAACUUGCAAAUUGACGACCCGACGCUUGCCUACUUUUGCUCCGACGAGAUGCUUGCCGCCCUCGAGGCCGAAGGCGAAGAUCCCGAGGCGCUCUUCACGCAGUACCUGCAGGCGCACAACGACUGCAUCGCGCGGCGCCCGGCUGACAUGCACAUCGGGUUGCACAUUUGCCGGGGCAACUUUGCCAAGUCGAUGCACUUUAGCCAGGGCUCGUACGAGCGCAUCGCGGCGCGCUUCUUCUCGACGCUCGACUACGACACCUUCUUCCUCGAGUACGACGACGCGCGCUCGGGCGGCUUCGAGCCGCUGCGCCACCUGCCGCGGGAGAAAAACGUGGUCCUCGGGGUGGUGACGACCAAGGACCCGACGCUCGAGGACCGCGACCAGGUCAAGCAGCGGGUGGUGGAGGCGGCGCGCAUCGUGGCGGCCGGGCAGGGCGUCAGCUUGGAGGAGGCUAUGAGCCACAUCGGCAUCAGCCCGCAGUGCGGGUUUUCCAGCAUGGCGGUCGGCGGGGCGGACGGGAUGACGGAGGUAAAGAUGUUUGAAAAGCUCAAGUUGGUGCAGGAUAUUGCGCGGGAACUAUGGCCGUAA